UGUAAAUUUUGCCACUGAUAUCAAUAGGAGCAGGAGUGGGGGAUCUUAAAGGUUUUCAGGGUUAAGAUUAAACUGGGCCUAGACCCACAAAACUUGGCCCCUGCUUAAAAAUCUGGAGCUUCUCUGGACAGUUUACAGCACCUAUAUCAGAGUUCCGGAACGUUCAGCUACUGCCAGCUUCUCUCCCUUCUCUUGGGUCAUGUGGUAAUGUGACAUGAAGGAUCGAGGGGCACCACAAUCCAUUUCUUCCUCCCAAUGGCUUGGUCUUGUUCCUUUCAAACCAUGGGUGACACCCUGACCCAGCUGAAAUCAAUGGCCAAACUCUCAUUGACUCCAGAAGGAUCAGAUGUCACCUUAUGUCUUUCUGAACAGGAUGGCUGCUGAGUUACUGCAGUGAAUGAAUCUUGCCUGUGAAUAUAAGAGUCAGCCCCACUGCCCAUCCAAUAGGAGAGGGAAGAAAACCUCAAGGACCAGAAGAGAACAGCCUCUUCCUCAGCCUAAUAACCUGUACAGUUACAGCAAAGUGACAUGUAUGCAGUGGUUGCAUGGGGACCAUACAAUGCUGGAAAUGAUUGAGAAAAAGCGUUGUUUGUGCAAAGAAAUAAAGGCGCGACAGAAAUCAGAGAAAGGACUUUGUAAACAGGACAGCAUGCCCAUUUUGCCGAGUUGGAAGAAGAACACUGGGAACAAGAAAUACAGCCCCCCUCCUUAUUCCAAACAACAAACUGUUUUCUGGGACACAGCAAUAUGACCAGACUGUUGCUGAUGCCAUCACCACGAUGUUGCAAGAUGCACAAGUAGCCUCCUUUCUUAAUAAGGCAAUGCCUGUGACAUAAAACUUAAUCUGCAGGUGAUGAACUACUUAGUGAAAAACAUACCAAUGUGGUGCUCACCUGUCAAUCUAAAAAAAAAUUGAAAUUUCCAGCUGAUUACGGCAUGUAUAUUAUUAAGGAUUUUUUUGGAUCCAGAAGAUAUUGAAAUGUAAAUAUUUUGCCAAUCUAUUGAAAACACCUGAACUAAUACACUGUUUAAAAUAUAUAAUUCAAAAAUU